AUGGUGCUGAAGGACACACACGUCCUUGCGCGCUCACCGCCUCUGCACCGGACACCCCCGUGGCCACCGGACUAUAGCGUCAGUACAGAGUGGAGAGAGCCCCACAGAGAGCCACCCAGCAGCGGACAAAGCCCUCAGAGAACCCCCGAGCAGCGGACAGACCCCCACAGAGAGCCCCCCAGCAGCGGACACUUCUUGAUGGGCUCAGAGGAGAGGGCGCGCAGGUAUGCAGAGCUCUUCAGACAGCUGGACCUGAACCAGGACGGACGGGUCGACCUCAGCGAGCUGAGACAGGCGCUGGCGCAGCGGGGGGUGCAGCUGUCCAAGGCGGACGAGAUAGUUCUUGAGAGCGACACAAACCAUGAUGGACUGCUGGACUUUCAGGAGUUCUCCGAGUUCCUGGAGGUUCAGGAGCAGAGACUGUGGCACAUGUUCACGGGGCUGGACCGCAACAGAGACGGCCGCAUCGAUGUGGGGGAGAUCCAGCACGCCUUACACAAGCUGGGGACGGACGUGACACUGGAGCAGGCUGCACAGAUCCUGCAGAGCAUGGACCGGGAUGGCACUGGGACCAUCGACUGGACCCAGUGGAGAGAGCACUUCCUCUUCAACCCGCUGCACAACAUGGAGGAGAUCCUGGUGCACUGGAAGCACUCCUGUAUGUUGGAUAUCGGCGAGGCCUUGACGGUGCCCGAUGAGUUCUCUGCCAAAGAGCGGCGGUCAGGGCUGGUGUGGAGGCAGCUGGUGGCGGGGGCAAUGGCUGGAGCCGUGUCCAGGACUGGCACUGCCCCCCUGGACCGCCUCAAGGUCUUCCUCCAGGUGCACGGUGCGGCCUCCAGGGGGCAGAACUUGUGGGCGGGGCUAAGGGGCAUGGUGCAGGAGGGCGGAAUCCGGUCUCUGUGGAGAGGAAACGGUAUCAACGUCCUCAAGAUCGCCCCCGAGUCUGCCAUCAAGUUUAUGGCCUACGAACAGAUAAAGCGGAUUAUUCAUGGCAGUAAGGAAGGGGGCCCUUUGAGAGUCCAGGAGAGGUUCCUGGCUGGUUCUCUGGCGGGGGCCACGGCACAGACCCUCAUCUAUCCCAUGGAGGUGCUGAAGACCCGGCUGACCCUGCGCAAGACGGGCCAGUACUCGGGGCUGCUGGACUGCGCCCGUCACAUCCUGCAGGCGGAGGGGGUAGGGGCUUUCUACAGAGGAUACCUCCCCAACACACUGGGCAUCAUCCCCUACGCGGGCAUCGACCUGGCAGUCUACGAGACGCUGAAGAACGCGUGGCUGCAGAGGUACUGCGUGGGCUCAGCAGACCCGGGGGUCCUGGUGCUGCUGGCCUGUGGGACCACCUCCAGUACCUGUGGUCAGCUGGCCUCGUACCCCCUGGCCCUGGUGCGCACUCGCAUGCAGGCACAAGCCCUCAGCCAGGACAAGCACAAGCUGACCAUGGUGGGACAGUUCCGGCUCAUCGUCUCUCAGGAGGGCAUCCCGGGACUGUACCGAGGACUCACUCCCAACUUCCUCAAAGUCAUCCCAGCCGUGAGCAUCUCCUACGUGGUGUACGAGCACAUGAAGAAGGUCCUGGGAGCAGCCUCUUAG